AUGGAAAUCAAAGAGAAGAAUGUUGAGCUUGUGAAUUUGAGCGUUGUUUCUCCUGCUGGAGACAAUGCCGAGCUUUAUGCCUACCCGCCAGAGGACCUUGAGGCUCCCUCUGCUGGUAAGACAGAUUGCCUUUUUGACUGGCAGUUCGAGAAUGACGGUGCCAAGUCCAUUAAUCGCUUCGGCGGUAUUGAGCAUUUGAUGAAGACCUUGGGAACCGAUCCCAAGAAGGUAGGCUGUGUGUCUGUUGCGUAAUUUGUUUAGGGUCUGACCACUGAGCAAGCCGAAGAUCCGAAGCGAGUUGAAGUUUACGGCAGCAAUCGCCGUGCUGAGGUUAAGGGAGUGUCAUACUGGCACCUGAUCUGGGUGGGUAUGCAUGAUAUUACGAUGAUUCUUCUGACCUUUUCCGCAAUCAUUUCCAUAUCUCUGGGAGUAUACACCGAGGGAUGGGAGACUGGUUGGUUCGAUGGGUCCGCUAUUAUUGCUGCUAUUCUAGUUUGCUUGAAUGUGUCAGCUAUCAA